GUCUCAAAAUUCCAUCUUCGCAGGCUCCUCGUCCUUCACUCCAUUUCUCUUCCACCAGUCCCUUCCCGGCUUAGAAUUUUUCAUUGUAUUUCUCUAGGCUUAUUCUGCUUUUUGUUCGGUAUGUCGUCUGCAGCUCCAGCACCCAAAAAAGCUCGCUCGAGGAAAUCAAAAACCGAUCUGGCUGCUGCUGCUGCUUCUGCUCCCUCCGAGCCCACUCCUGCUGCACCAGCACCCGUACCCACGAAACUCUCGGACGAUGCUGUUGAUUCUACUACACCGGCUGCCGCUGAGAAGAAAAAGAGACGCAGCAAAAGAAAUCGUGCUGACGAUGCGGCCACCGCCACUACCACUACUCCUACUGUCAACGACCAAGCAGAAAAGUUGAUCGGCGAUGCUUUGGCCUCGGCUUCUGCUGCGGCUACUUCGGUGGUGUCUCCUGCAUCUACGCUUGCGGAGGGAGAGUCUGCUGUUGUCGCUCCCGUGAAGAAAGUCAAGAAUAGGGCUCGGAAGAGGAAGCCUGAGGCAGAGGCUGCCGCUCCUGUGUCUGGAGAAGGCAAGGGGACGGGUGAGGACGAGGCGACGCUGCAGGUAGUGGAUCAGCCGCAGGUAGAGCCGACCAAGCCAGCGAAGAAGGAGAAGAGGAAGGCGAAGAAGGCUGCGGGUGAUGCUGCUGCCACUGCAGGAGAGAAGGAGAAGGAAGUGGUUGAGGAGACGGUGAAGAUCGUCGAGCAGGUUUCAGCUCCAGAGCAGACGGAGGAGGGAGGGAAAAAGAAGCGGACGAGAAAGUCCAAGAAGGAGAAGGCAGCGGAAGCAGCGAGUGCCGCUGUGGCGCCAGCUGCGACGGAGGAGGCAUCAGUACCGGCAGAGGUGACCAUCGCAGUGACGAAGACCAUCACCACAGUUGAGCCUACGGACGUCGAGGGCGGCAAGAAGAGGAAGCGCAAGGCGAAGAAGGAUGUCGCGGCCGUAGUCGAGGAGAAGGAGCAAGAGGUUGCACAAGUUGUUGAGGCCGAGAAGGAGGCACCCGUUGUCGCUGUUGCGCAGGUUGAGGAGGCAGAACCGAAGUUGAAGAAACGGAGAAAGAGCAAGUCGAAGGAUGCUCAAGCCGACGCCGAGCCUUCCUCGAAAUCUCAAACCGCUGCCGCUGAAUCCGCUUCCUCCAAACCAUCCGCUCCUACCCCUCCCGUCGCUCCUGCGCCUGCCCCCGCCCCUACCCCAGUCACCGUCUCCACGACCGCUCCUACACAAAAGGCCCCCACAAAGGUCGCCAAAGCCAACAAAAAGCCGUCAAAAGCGCCAUCACCGCCUCCUGCUGUCGAAGAGAACGCCGUCGAGGCCGAGGCUUCCGACGAGGAGGAUGAGGAGAAUGAUGAGAACAUGCACUUGCACGGAUUCUCGGACGAUGACGAAGACUCUUCCGAUGAGGAUAUCGACGUUGAUGACUUCGGUACAGGGGUCGAUGUCGGCAAGCUGCCGACGAUCGCGAAGGACGACGCGACAGUGAAGAGGAAGUUAGAGAAGGCGAAGAGGCAUCCCACGGAGGAUAAGGGCGUGAUAUACCUCGGAAGGUUGCCCCAUGGGUUCUUCGAGGCUCAACUCAAGGGUUAUUUCUCGCAGUUCGGAGAAGUACUGAGAGUGAGGGUGUCUCGCAAUAAGAAGACCGGCGCCUCAAAACACUAUGCCUUCAUCGAAUUCGACUCGUCCUCCGUCGCCCAGAUCGUGGCGGAGACGAUGGACAAUUACCUCCUCCUCGGCCACAUCCUGACCUGCAAAGUCAUCCCGAAGGACGAAGUGCACCCCGAGCUUUGGGUCGGCGCGAACCGGAAGUACAGGAAGGUGCCGGGGGCGAGGGUGGAGAGGGUUAGGCAUGAUAAGCCACGGACGGAGGAGCAAGAGCGCGCUGCGGAAGGGAGGUUGCUCAGGAGGCAGGAGGAGAGGAAGAGGAAGCUUGCGGACGCUGGGAUUGAGUACGAUUUCGAGGCUGUCGCAUACAAAAAGCCGAAAGCCGUCGAGGCGUGAUGCGUCUCUGUCCUGUGGCCCAUUGCUCGGUGCCUCGUACUCUGCUGUAUCGUAACAGAGCGCGCGACUUACGCUCGUCUGUCUGCUUGGCGCCAUGUUUUACUGUUCUCCUGAGGUCUUUGUAUGUAAACAUACUCGCCUAUGAUCCCCGUUGUGCUUGAUUUUGCCCAAAACCAUGGCACGU